AUGCGACCAGGCGUCAGAAACACCGUAGAGCGCCUCGAUAGGCCGAGCGCCUACUACCAGAACCGCAACAAGAGAAGGCGCGAUCGCGAUGACGACCAUGACCAACCUGCAGAGCCCCAAGCUGACCCUCUAGCCAAUGCCACAACCCUCUACGUCGGCAACCUAUCCUUCUACACAACCGAAGAGCAGGUGUAUGAACUUUUCGCAAAGUGCGGCGAGAUCAAGCGCCUUAUCAUGGGUCUCGACCGCUUCAGCAAAACGCCUUGCGGUUUCUGCUUUGUUGAGUACUACACACACCAGGACGCCCUCGACUGUCUAAAAUACAUUGGCGGCACCAAGCUCGACGAGCGCAUCAUCCGUACUGACCUGGAUCCCGGCUUUGAAGAGGGACGUCAAUUCGGCCGUGGAAAAUCUGGUGGUCAAGUUCGCGACGAGUACCGUGAGGACUUCGAUGAGGGCAGAGGAGGUAUUGGCAGAGCGAUACAAGCCGAAGAGCGAGACGAAUACGCCGAGGGGAAGUAA